GAAAGAAACCAACAAUUUUUUUUUUUUCCUUGUCAUCUCUCCCAAAAAAAUUACUCAAAGCUCCCUCAAAGCGCAUUUCGCCUCUUUGCUCACCUCUUUGAAAGCUUUCAUAGUUUAAUUUUUUUUUCUCUUCCCUUCUUUUUUGUUGUUGUUCAACACACAACCCCUCCUUCCCUCCUCAUCAUCUCAGCUCUCCCCCGUUACUAAUGAGCAUCUUAUCACCAUCUGGAGGUGCUUUUAAGUCCAUCUCCACCUUGCUUGGCAAGGGUAUUCACCGUGCUGCUCGUAUUUCCGCGCGAAAUCCUAUCGAGAUGAUGGUGGCCAUGCUCAUUAUGGCCUCCUUCAGUUAUUUCGCGCUGUUGAACUUGGCCAAAACGUCAGACAUUUUCACUGGAACGUCUACUCGUCUUCACCCAACAUUUGCUUACCGUGCUGGAGACGCUGUCACCUUCACUCAGUUGAGCGAUAAGGAGUUGAAGGCUAUACCGUCCGACGCUGUGGUCAAAGUUCAGUUGAACCAAAUUGUUAUCGAAGAUCCAAGUGCUACCCGAUCCAAGCGAUCUGAAGGAGUGAUCAAGCCCGAUGUGUUAGAGGCGGUUUACCAGUUCCAGGACGUCGUUGAACAUCAAGUUUUGGUACCCGAUGGUCCUAAAACCACCAAGAAAUACUCCUUUGAUAGCGAUUUGUGUUACAAGCCAAACAAUCAGUGCUUCCGCCAAACACCUUUGGAUUUGUGGAACAACGACCUUGCUGCCAUCCAUGCCGACCAAGACAUUGCCGCUACCGUGGCCGCUCACUUAAACACCGCUGCUCACCAGUUUCAAAUGACCGAUGAUCAAAACAAGAUUCAGGCCUUUAUUCUGUCCUAUGCCUUCAAUGCCAGCAGCACCAUUCGUCAGGAAUUGGCCAAGCAAUGGGCUUUCAAGGUCGCUACUCUUCCUCCUGGUGCUUUGAUCUCACAUACCUCUAUGGAUGACCAACAACAAAACACCUUUGUCUGGCUGUUCAUCAUUGCUCGUAACGUGGUGUAUAGAAUCAGUGAACUCAUUUCUCAAGCUGAGAACAUUGAUAUUGUGGUUAUUUUGCUUGGUUAUUUGAUGAUGAUUGCUACGUUUGUUUCUCUGUACGUGAACAUGAGAGCAAUGGGAUCGAAGUACACGCUUGCCACUGCUGUUAUUGCCUCCGGAUUCUUCUCCUUCAUGCUGGCUCUGCUUACCGUGCACUACCUUGGCGUGGAUGUCUAUCCUGUGGUGUUGGCCGAAGCCAUCCCCUUCUUGGUUGUGACCAUCGGAUUCGAGCGACCUUUCAAAUUGACCAAACGUGUUCUUCAGUCCAGCGAACAAACUUCCAUUAGUAAGCAGAAUGUCCACGAAAUCGUUAUUCGUGCCGUCGAUGAUGUUGCUCUCCCUGUUGCCCGUGAAUGCUCCAUGGAAAUCUUUGUCCUAGCCCUUGGUGCCAAGUCUGGCAUUGAUGGUUUGAGAGAAUUCUGCCUUUUGAGCGCUAUUCUUCUUGCCUAUGAUUAUCUCAUUAUGUUUACUUGGUACACUGCUGUCCUUGCUCUUAAACUUGAGUUGAGACGCAUCAAGGAGAUGAACAGUACCACUGAUACCUCUACAAAGACCAUUGCUGCCGCCCCAUCCAGCGAAAACCCUGUUCACAUUCGUCGCACUGUCUUGAAGGCUUUGAAACCCGAAAGCAAGAGUGCUCGCGGUAAGAAGGGAGGUGAAAAUGUCGACGACCCCAUCAUGGGACGCGUUAAGCUCUUGGUCAUUGUUGGUUUCCUCGUCAUGCACUUUUUCGAACUUUGCUCCACCUUGACACCUUCUACUACCACGGCCGGUGUCAACAUUGAAGACCCCUCGGUUGCUAAAGUCCUUUCGGCUCUCUAUGAACGUCAUCAACAAUCUAGCUCGCUGCCUUUGGUUGUCGAGGUCUUCUCUCCUCUGCAAUUCCAUGUCGUCGACCAAGGUUACUCUGUUUUGCCCGCCAUUUUGGAAAAGCCCCUCAACUACAUGUUCAACUCUUAUGCCGACUACAUUCAGGACCCUGUCAUUAGCAAAUGGUUGACCUCUGCUUUGGUUUUCUCCCUGUUCUUGAAUACCUACUUGUUCAAUGUUGCUAAGCAACCCAAGCAAUUGGUCGAACACCAGUCCAAGGAGAAGAGAACGCUUGUUUCCGAAAACGUCAGCCCCUUUGUCGAAUUGUCUGAUAAGCAAAAGAUCUCUGUUACCAACGUUGUGCCUACCAUGAAGUCCGAAGGUUCACCUGCCCCCGCUUCCCCUGCUCUUCACCAUGAAACCCACCAUCGUCACCGCCGAUCAUCUGUUGCUCACUCUAAGGUCAUCCGUCCUUUGGAUGAAUGCGCUGUGAUUUUGAAGAGCCCAGAACAAGGCCCUGAUGCUCUUAACGAUGAAGAAGUGCUUCAGCUUUGCCAGGCUGGAAAAAUUGCUCCUUAUGCUUUGGAAAAGGUUCUUCAAGACUUUGAACGUGCUGUCAAGGUUAGACGUAGCUUGAUCUCCCGUGCUUCCAUGACCAAGACGCUUGAAGCCAGUGCUCUUCCCGUUCAACAUUACGAUUACUCCAAGGUGAUGGGUGCUUGCUGUGAAAACGUUAUUGGUUACAUGCCCAUUCCCGUUGGCGUUGCUGGACCCAUGAUCAUUGACGGUGAAAGCAUUCAUAUCCCCAUGGCCACCACGGAAGGUUGUCUGGUUGCCUCGGCUGCUCGUGGCUGCAAGGCCAUCAAUGCUGGUGGCGGUGCUACCACUGUCCUUACCGCCGAUGGUAUGACGCGUGGUCCCUGUGUUGAAUUCCCUAAUAUCACAACGGCUGUUGCUUGUAAACGAUGGAUUGAAGAAACUGGUGCUGAAACCGUCAUGGCUGCCUUCAACUCCACCUCUCGGUUUGCUCGUCUUCGUAAGCUCAAGGUCACCUUGGCCGGCAAGCUUGUUUUCAUUCGAUUCUCUACCACCACGGGUGAUGCCAUGGGUAUGAACAUGAUUUCCAAAGGUUGCGAGAAGGCACUUGCUGCUAUCAGUGAGAAAUUCCCUGAAAUGCAAAUCAUCUCCUUGUCCGGUAACUACUGUACUGACAAGAAGGCUGCUGCUAUCAACUGGAUUGAAGGACGUGGUAAAUCAGUGGUAGCUGAAGCCAUUAUUCCCGGUGAAGUUGUUGAAAAGACGCUCAAGACCACUGUGGCUGCUCUGGUUGAACUCAACAUUAGCAAGAACUUGAUUGGUUCCGCUAUGGCUGGUUCCUUGGGUGGUUUCAACGCUCAUGCUGCCAACAUCCUUACCGCUGUGUACAUUGCCACUGGUCAAGACCCUGCACAAAACGUUGAAAGUUCCAACUGUAUUACUUUGAUGAAGGCUGUCAACCAAGGUCGUGAUCUUCACAUCUCAUGUACUAUGCCCAGUAUCGAAGUUGGUACCAUUGGUGGUGGUACGAUCUUGCCUCCUCAACAAUCUAUGUUGGAUAUGCUUGGUGUUCGUGGUCCUCAUCCUACUGAACCUGGCAAGAACGCUCAGCGUUUGGCAAGAAUCAUUGUUGCCGCCGUCAUGGCUGGUGAACUUUCAUUGUGUGCCGCUCUUGCUGCUGGUCAUUUGGUCCAAGCCCAUAUGGCCCACAACCGUGUUGCUGCCACGCCUGCUCCCACUCCCGUUGCCACUACCCCUUCCACUCAAAGCUUUGAAUGUCUUUUGAAGAAGUAGACGACGAAUCAAUGAACCGUUUGUUUGUUUUUUUUUUUUAUUUUCGCAAAAAAAGGAUCGUUUCUUUUCUUACACGCUCACCUCACUCACACA